AUGAAUGGUUCGGGUUUGGGUGGUGGCUUUUUGUCUGGUCCCAGUGAGGGGAUUUUGGACUUGGAAUCUCCAUUUCAUAGACACCAGACCCAAUUGGGUCAUCCAUCAAUAACUGGUCAACAGCACUUGAAUAUCAUGAGUGGUCUUGAAAGUGAUCACCCUAUUGGCCUAAUUGAAGUGAAAAACUUGAAUGCGGCGCUGAAUUUUGGAAAAGGAAAGGCAAUUGCUCCUUCGAAUAGUAAUGAGUUGAGUGAGGAUGAUGAGCCUAGCUAUGCAGAAGAAGGGAACUGUGAGAACCAGGAUGGUGGGAAGAGCAAAAAGGGGUCUCCUUGGCAGCGAAUGAAGUGGACAGAUAAUGUGGUUAGGCUUCUUAUAACAGUAGUGAGUUGUGUGGGUGAUGAUGGCACUAUUGGGGGCGUGGAUGGUCAUAAAAGGAAGUCUGGGGUUUUACAAAAGAAGGGCAAGUGGAAAACAGUCUCCAAGAUAAUGAUAGGCAAGGGUUGCCAUGUGUCGCCACAGCAGUGUGAGGACAAGUUCAAUGACUUAAAUAAGAGAUACAAGAGGUUAAAUGACAUACUUGGAAGGGGAACUUGUUGUCAAGUGGUUGAGAAUCCUGCGCUGAUGGAUUCAAUGCCUAACCUGUCAGCUAAGAUGAAGGAUGACGUUAGGAAGAUCCUGAGCUCAAAACACUUGUUUUAUAAGGAGAUGUGUGCCUACCAUAAUGGACAAAGGAUACCAAAUUGUCAUGAACUUGAUUUACAGGGUUAUUCUAUGGAGCAUGGGAGGGACUCAACAAGAGAUAAUAAUGGAUCUGAGGAUGAAGAUGAGGAUAACAAUGAUAGUGAGGAUGAUGAGUUGGAUGAUGAAAUUAAUAUUAAUGCACACGAGGAAGGAGGGAGGAGGCAAGAACACUGUGAUAGAAAUAUAUUAAGUGAGGAGGAUGGCCAUUUUGGCUCACAAACUUAUCAAAUGGACAAAUUUGAGGUUGAAAUGGCAAGAGUUUUUCAAGAUCCCGCAAAGUCAUUACGUGAAAAAAGAGAGUGGAUUAAAAUCCAGAUGUUGCAGCUUCAAGAGCAAAAUAUCAGCUACCAAGCCCAAACUCUUGAACUUGAGAAACAACGGCUUAAGUGGUUAAGAUACUGCAGCAAGAAGGACAGGGAGCUGGAGAGGCUGAGAUUGGAGAACAAAAGAAUGAAAUUAGAAAAUGAGCACCGGAUAUUGAGAUUGAAGCAGAAAGAGCUGGAGGCAGAUUGCAGUACAUCUGAGAUAUCUUUAGACCCUGCCUCUCUUGGAAUCAACCGGCUGCAGGGGAGGGAACAUAUCAGCUUAGGCAGACAACAGUAG